AUUUUUUUCCUGAUUCGACGAGAAAAUGCCGACACAAGAUUGUGAAAAAUAUGAGGACUUCCUGCAAGUAAUCGGAGAAUUCGGAACCUUUCAGAAGCGACUGCUCCUUUGGAUGAUGCCCGUCGCCUUUAUUUUUUCAUUCACCUACUUUGGGCAGAUAUUCAUGAUUCUCGUGCCCAAGAAACACUGGUGCAGGAUUCGAGAACUGGAGGAUCUGCCCAUUGAGGAGCAAAUUGAUCGGGGCAUACCCAAAAAAGAAGAUGGCGAUUUUGAAAGGUGUUUCAUGUAUAAUGUCCCCUUGGAUUCGGAUACGACUAACAUGACCAACCAGACUAGGACCAAGAUAUCAUGUAACAAUGGUUGGAUUUACGAUCGUGAAGAGAUUCCCUACGAGUCCAUUGGAACUGAGUGCAAUUGGGUGUGCGAUAAAAAGGAGCUUGGCACCUACACCCUCAUCGCCUUUUUCUUAGGAUCCGUUGUGGGUUGUCUUUGGCUAGGAUACGUCGCUGAUCACUAUGGUCGCUUGGUGGCCUUAUUCCUGGCAAAUUGCUGCGCCUUGAUUGGCGGUCUCGUUAGUGUGGUGUGCAAGAACUUUUACUGCUUUGUUUCCAGUAGAUUUGUGGCGGGAAUGGCAAUGCUAAACUGCUUUAUGUGUUUUUAUAUUCUAGUUCUGGAGAAUGUUGGCGUUAGAUAUCGUACUCUGAUUGGAAAUUUAUCCUUGGCAAUUUUCUUCACUUUGGGCGCCUGCACUCUUCCUUGGCUGGCGUAUGCCAUCAAGAAUUGGAGACACUAUGCGUUGGUCGUUUCACUGCCAGUGUCCUUGGUUAUUUUAUUGUGUUUCCUGCUUCCCGAAUCACCCAGUUGGCUCAUUUCUGUGGGAAAGGUGGAAAGAGCAAUGAAGGUCCUGAGAAAGGCGGCCAGGACCAACGGAAAAACCAUUUCCGAAGAAGAAUGGACAGAGAUGAAGCAAUGCUUUGAGCUCAAAUUCGCCGAUGGGCGAUCGAGCAGAAAAUACACCUGCCUGGAUCUCUUCAAGAACUUUCGCAGGUUUGUCGUUAUUACGAUAUUGGUCAUAAGUUGGAUGAUCGUGGCUUUGGUGUACGAUGCUCAUGUUCGGGUGGUCGAACUAUUCCACACCGAUGUCUUUAUUACCUUUUCUCUGGCCUCGCUUGUGGAAGCCCCGGCAGGAAUUUUGCCAAUCUUUCUGGUAGAUCGAAUUGGUCGCAAACCCAUAGUGACCGCUUCGUUGCUGUUGUGUGCGGUAUCAAGUCUGUGCACUGGCUUACUGAAAAGCCAAUGGGAUGUCACGAUAGCGGCAAUUGUAGCCAGAUUUUUCGCCACAGUUGCGCUCAACGUGUGCCAACAGUGGGCCUCUGAAAUCCUUCCCACUGUGGUGCGCGGACAGGGACUGUCUGUCGUCAAUGUUAUGGGUCAGGCUGGUGUCAUGAUAUCCCCAAUUGUUAUUUACACCCACCACUAUUACCGUUCUUUGCCUAUGUUUAUAGUCACAUUACUUUUGGUAAUCGGCGCUUUAGCAAUCCUAGUUCUACCAGAGACCAUGAAUGCUACACUGCCUGAAACUCUGGAAGAAGCGGAAAAACGGUGGAUAUUAAGUUGUAGAAAACGAAAAAUUAAAGAUGAUCAAUAA